CUUCUGUCGGUGUAUGUCAGAAACGCAGAGGAUGAAAUAAUUCUCGUUCACUUGCAAGAUACAUAUCCUGAGGUUGACUUCGGGAUCCCGCCGGUUCACGGGAAGCACAUCGCAGUCCUAGUGCCGCCGCACCUCCUCCAUGUGUUCAAAUCUAUCGCUGUGGAACAGGGAAUACCACUGACUGUUCUGGCGAAUGAUGUGCAAAG